CAACACAAACCACGCCCACCGAAGCGUCUGUUUACAGAAGUACUGGAGUGAAUUGAAUCUUGUGAUCAGCGAUCAUGUAGUUUAUACUCAUAAAUAGUUUCAUCUGAAAUUUUAUUAUGUCUCGACGGGCUCAUGAAGACACAGAACCCCUGCUUUCGUCCACUCAUACCGACGAAGACGAUGACCAGGCGUCCAGAAAAAGUAAACUUUCAUAUGAGGAAGCUGUUGAGAAAGCAGGGUUCGGGCUCUUCCACUGGCUGCUGUUGGUGGUCUGCGGGUGGGCGAACGCCAGCGAUGCUGUGGAGAUCCUGUGUGUUUCAUUCCUCCUGCCCACGGCACGCUGCGACCUCCAUCUCACCUCGUCCGACAUGGGGCUUCUCACCGCCAGCAUAUUCCUUGGGAUGAUGGUUGGCGGUUAUGUUUGGGGGUAUCUGGCUGAUCGCAGAGGAAGGCGGAGCAUUCUGGUCGUCUCUCUGGCAGUGAAUGGCACAUUUGGGGCGGUGGCCAGUUUGGCCCCGAUGUUCUGGCUCUUUUUGCUCUUGCGGUUCUUCAGUGGAGUCGGGGUCGGCGGCUCCAUUCCUGUCAUCUUCUCAUAUUUUUCUGAGUUUCAACCACGUUUGAGGAGGGGGGCUAUGAUUAGUGCUCUAGCCACCUUCUGGAUGGCUGGAAAUAUUUUAGCAGCAGGUGUGGCGUGGUUGGUGAUUCCUAGAACAUCUUUGAACGCUGAUUGGGGCUGGUUGGAUUUUCAGAGUUGGCGUCUUUUUGUGGUGCUUUGCUCCGUCCCCAGUCUGUCAUCAGCACUUAUUUUCAGACUGUUCAUGCCAGAGAGUCCUAAGUUCCUCAUGGAGGCUGGACGUGAGACAGAGGCUUUGUCUGUGUUCCAGAAGAUGUUCAACCUGAACAACAGAUGCGCUACAAAACCAUUUCCUGCACCAGGUCUUGUGAUCAGAUCCAAAGAUGAUGAAGAAAAAAACAGACCCAUUAGCGGCUCAAGAUGUCAGCGGUUCAGCCACCAACUCAAACAGGCUGUGGACCCCAUGAAACAGCUGUUUGUUGGACCACUGGCUUCCAGAAGUGUUGUUCUGCUGAUUAUAUUUUUCUGCAUUUCGUUUGGCUAUUAUGGGUUAUGGAUGUGGUUUCCGGAGCUUUUUAAGAGAGCCGAAGAUGGAGGGUCUCCAUGUGCCAACACAUCUCGAGUCCAAAGCUCAAAAAAUGAAAGCUGCUAUCCAGUCAAAACUGCAGUCUACAUGGAGGGUUUUGUAACAGCGGCUUCAAAUUUGCCGGGAAACAUCUUCACUAUCCUGCUCAUGGACAGAAUUGGCGGGAAAAUCCUGCUUUCCGUCAGUUUGCUGGUGUCCAGCAUGAGUGUGUUUGUCAUUUACGUGGUGAAGACAAAAGCUCAGAGUCUGAUCGUGUCCUGCGUGUUCAGCGGCGUUUCUGUCAUCUCCUGGAACGCUUUGGACGUGGUGGGAACUGAACUUUACCCCACACAACUACGCUCAUCAGCGCUUGGGGUUUUCACCGGAGUGGGUCGUGUGGCGGCCAUCAUGGGAAAUGUAGUUUUUGGGCAGUUAGUGGACUCAAACUGUGCCAUACCACUGCUGAUGGUGUCUGCGCUCCUGCUGGCAGGAGGACUGGCAGCUCUACGACUGCCUCAAACUAAACAGACUGAACUCACAUGAUACACACACACACACACUCAAUUGACAUCAUCUGUCAACACUGUGAUUCCGGGACCAAACACUAACCCAAAGAGCUUUGACACUUUGCAGUUUUGCCUUAAUGUUGCACAAGUGCACUUGGAGAAGUCGGCCCACAGACGUUUUUUGCAGACUCUUGGUAGACUCUGCACUUUUGUGCUGAUUGUGGGAAUAUAAAAUGGUGUAUUUGUAUAAUAAUAAGUUGUAUAAAUUAUAAAUCAAAUAAUUUCUUGUUUAUACCAAGAAAAAAAUGUUUCGUGGUAUUUGAUUUUUUUAUUUUGAUGGUACAAAUUAAUUUUAAUAGUUUAUAAAUGAAAUCAGAGGAUAUUCAAUUAACUUUACAUUUGUAUUUUAUUGCAUAAUUCUCUUGUUCUAACACGUUCAUGUUUGAACCUAGAAAUAAACAGAACAUCCGAUGUUUCAGUGCUUCA